AUGGCAUCGACACUUCCUCCCUUGGGUGCCGGCAACGGAGGGGCUCACACUCAACAUUCGUUACCGUCGCUGCCAGCACAUCUACAAUCCGACACGCACAUUACCGGGCACUUGGCUAGUCGCUUCCAUGUGUCCCAUCCGACGGCGAAGCUGUCCUCCCACGCUUUGGUUUGCCUAAACACUUAUACGUCCUCCAGCAAGGGACCAGAUGGCGGCAAACCCGGUAGCGCCAUGGCCGGCGCCGAAGACAUGGCUGAUCGUGCCUGGAUAAGACUCGGUCACCGAUCUGAGAACCAGGCCGUUGUAUUUCUUGGUGAAUCUGGAUCCGGCAAAUCCACCAUCCGGAGCCAUCUACUCACUGCUCUUUUGGAUAAGUCGUCCACACCUCUGUCCAACAAGCUCUCUCUUGCUGCAUACGUCUUCGAUUCUCUCACAACCACCAAAACCGCCACCACUCCCACCGCCUCUAAGUCUGGCCUCUUCUACGAGUUGCAAUACGAUACCUCAGCCACAACCAAUCCAAUCUUGAUUGGUGGUAAGCUUCUUGACCAUCGACUGGAGCGAAGCCGUAUUGCCGACGUCCCUACUGGAGAGCGAAACUUCCACGUCCUCUACUAUUUGCUGGCUGGUACUAGCCAAGCCGAAAAGACCCAUCUCGGUCUUGAUGACGGUGCCAGCGGAUCUAAACGCUGGAAGUAUCUUGGCCACCCCACUCAACUCAAGGUGGGAAUAAACGAUUCAGAAGGUUUUCAGCUUUUUAAGACGGCUUUGAAAAAGCUCGAGUUUCCAAGGACUGAUAUUGCUGAAAUUUGCCAAAUUUUGGCCGCUAUUCUCCAUAUUGGCCAGCUCGAGUUCGAGACUACCAACAACACAAGCGCCACUGGCGAUGACAGUGGAGGCUUCUCUCACGAAGGUGGCCAGACCUCGACGACUGUUAGGAACAAAGAUGUUCUUGGAAUCAUUGCUGCCUUCCUGGGCGUUAGCGCGGCUGACCUUCAGAGCACCUUGGGUUAUAAGACCAAAAUGAUUCAGAAGGAGCGCGUGACAGUGAUGCUCGACCCUGCUGGUGCACGAGCACAUGCCAAUGAAUUGGCUAGAACCCUUUAUUCGCUGCUUGUUGCCUGGAUUCUGGAGAGUGUUAAUCAGAGAAUAUGUGCCCCGGAGGAGGAUAUUGCCAACACCAUUUCCAUAGUCGAUUUCCCCGGCUUUGCCCAGCAGACUGCCACCGGCUCCACGCUUGAUCAACUGCUCAACAAUGCUGCCACCGAGGCCAUCUACAACUUUACGUUGCAUAAUUUUUUCGAUCGGAAAGCCGAAAUGUUGGAGUCGGAAGAGGUCAGCGUCGCUCCUACCAGUUAUUUCGACAACUCGGACGCUGUCAAGGGCCUGCUGAAAUCCGGCAAUGGUCUCUUGAGUAUUCUUGAUGACCAAACUCGACGCAACAAGACUGAUAUACAACUUCUCGAGAGCCUGAGAAAGCGUUUUGAAGGCAAGAACCCUGCCAUCGAGGUGGGGUCUGCCACUGCCAAGCUCCCUGGAAGCAACUUCUAUACCGAGAAUGCUGCCGCAUCCUUCACCGUCAGACAUUUCGCUGGUGAAGUCGAGUAUCCAGUCAAGGGUCUCAUCGAGGAGAAUGGUGAAGUUGUCUCUGUUGAUUUGCUCAAUAUGUUCAAUUCUACCAAGAGUGAGUUCGUUGGCAGAUUAUUUGGCCAAGACGUCCUCCAAACCGUCAAUCAUCCCAUUGAGAAGUCAACCGUCAUGCAGGCAACCAUCAGCUCCAAGCCCAUGCGUGCCCCUAGCGUCAUGUCGCGUAAGGGUGGAAGAGGUCGCGGUAUCGCUUCUCAACGUCGUCAGCAGGAGAGCAAUCUUUUCGACAGUGGCAACACGCAUGCUGAGUCUCGAAGUCCUAAGGGAGGCAAUAAAGGUGGCAUCGAUCAAGGUGCCUCUGGACAAUUUCUGUCGUCUCUAGACAACGUCCAGAAAGCCGUCACGGACCCAGGCACGAAUGCCUAUUUUGUCUUUUGCUUGAAGCCCAAUGACCGCCGAAUUGCAAAUCAGUUCGAUAGUAAAUGUGUCCGUACUCAAGUCCAGACAUUCGGCAUCGCCGAAAUUAGCCAGAGGCUACGAUCCGCUGAUUUCAGCUUGUUCCUUCCCUUUGGCGAGUUUCUUGGAAUGGCUGAUGCCGAAACCAUUUUGGUCGGCAGCGAAAGAGAACGCGCCGAAAUGGUCAUUGAAGAAAAGCGCUGGCCUAGUAAUGAAAUACAAAUCGGAUCCACCGGCGUCUUCCUCAGUGAGCGGUGCUGGAUGGAGGUUGCUCGCCUUGUUGACGUCUCUGCAGCACAAGGCCGCUUCGCCUUGCCAUCAUCCGAUGGCUAUGGCAAUGAUGGGGCGACGCCCGGAGAGCGUGAUGCCUUCGGCGCCUCCAAGGAACAACUAUUGUCAGGAGGUAACACCCCUCUCAUGUAUGGUGAAAAAGGCAGACCUGGCUAUUUCGGCUCUGACGAUGCUCGAUCGGAGGCCGGCGCCUCUGCCAUCGGUGGCGGAGACAUGUUCAAAAACUUUGAUACGCGUGAACAGAUGGCAGAGCGCGGCAAUGAAAAGAAUCUUGAGGAGAUUGAGGAAUUCAAGGAUUCACCAAGCCGGAAGCGUUGGGUCUUCACGGUUUACUUCCUCACCUGGUUUAUUCCCGACUUCCUCAUCCGAUGGAUGGGCCGCAUGCCUCGAAAAGAUGUCCGCAUGGCAUGGAGAGAGAAAUUGGCCAUUAAUAUGCUCAUCUGGUUCAUGUGUCUCGUUGCUGCUUUCUUUAUCGUCGUGUUCCCUAUGCUUAUUUGCCCGAAGCAAAACGUCUUCAGCGCCGCGGAGCUCUCUUCUCACGAUGGCAAAGAUGGAAACUCAGCUUAUGUAUCCGUCCGCGGUUACGUCAUCGACCUGGGCAGUUUCGCGGACCGUCAUUAUCCAUCUUUUGUGAGCAGAAAAACAAUGUUAAACUACGCUGGCAUGGACGUCAGUUCUCUUUUCCCUGUACAAGUCUCUGCUCUGUGUCAAGGCACGGAUGGUUCCGUGGACCAGGCGGUGACUCUGGAUUAUAAGAACAUCAACAUGACCGGGUCACCAGCCUUGAUCAAUUCUCAGGAUUUAAAUGCCCAAUACCACGAUUUCCGCUAUUUCACUAAUGACACACGCCCCGAUUGGUAUCUGGAACAGCUCAUCAUGCUCAAAGGAAACUAUGGCAAAGGGACCAUUGGGUACUCCCCCGAAUACCUUGCGAAGCUUGGUGCGAAGAGACAGGUUAUUGCGAGCAUUGGAAGCCGUGUCUAUGACUUGACUGCUUACACUGUCGGCGGACGUCGUCUUCGUGUCAAACCCGGUGAGUCGCUUCCGAGUGAUCCAAAGCUUGCCGACUUUAUGGAUCAAAAGGUUGUUGCACUUUUCCAGAGCCAAGCCGGCGGGGAUAUAACCAAGUUUUGGAACUCUUUGGCUCUUGCCCCAGACGUCAAAGCUCGCAUGCAAACAUGCCUUGACCAUCUUUUCUACGUUGGUGAUGUGGACACGAGAAACUCUACUCGCUGUAAGUUUGCCGAGUACUUGGUUCUUGCCGUCUCUAUUCUACUAGUUUCGGUCAUUGCCUUCAAAUUCUUCGCUGCUCUUCAAUUUGGGGGGAAGAAUGUUCCCGAAAACCUGGACAAAUUCGUCAUGUGCCAGAUUCCCGCCUAUACCGAAGACGAAGAUUCGCUUCGCCGUGCCAUUGAUUCAGCGGCCAGAAUGCGCUAUGAUGACAAGCGUAAACUUUUAGUCAUCGUCUGUGACGGUAUGAUUAUCGGCCAAGGCAACGACAGACCUACUCCCCGUAUUGUCUUGGAUAUUCUUGGUGUCUCUGAAACUGUAGACCCGGAACCACUUAGUUUCGAAUCUCUCGGCGAAGGCCUGAAGCAACACAACAUGGGCAAGGUCUACUCAGGCCUGUAUGAGGUGCAGGGUCACAUCGUCCCCUUCCUUGUUAUUGUCAAGGUUGGUAAGCCGUCUGAAGUGGCUCGUCCUGGAAAUCGUGGCAAGCGUGACUCUCAGAUGAUUUUGAUGCGAUUCUUGAACCGCGUUCACUACAACCUGGCCAUGAGUCCUCUGGAAUUGGAAAUGUACCACCAAAUUCGCAAUAUUAUCGGCGUCAACCCCACAUUCUAUGAGUUCAUGCUUCAAAUUGAUGCUGAUACUGUUGUCGCCCCCGACUCUGCCACUCGCAUGGUUUCUGCAUUCUUGGAUGACACUCGCCUGAUUGCGGUUUGUGGAGAGACUGCUCUGACGAAUGCUAAGUCUUCCUUCAUUACUAUGAUUCAGGUUUAUGAGUACUACAUUUCUCACAACCUUUCUAAGGCCUUUGAGAGUUUGUUUGGUUCCGUCACUUGCUUACCUGGCUGCUUCUCCAUGUAUCGAAUUCGAGCGGCCGAGACGGGAAAACCUCUCUUUGUCAGUCGGGAAGUGGUUGACUCGUACGCUACCAUUCGUGUGGACACGCUGCACAUGAAGAACCUGCUGCAUCUCGGUGAAGACCGAUACCUCACGACGCUGCUUCUGAAGUAUCAUUCCAAGUACAAGACCAAAUAUCUAUUCAGCGCUCACGCAUGGACAAUUGCUCCGGAUUCUUGGAAAGUUUUCCUUUCUCAGCGACGUCGUUGGAUUAAUUCUACUGUGCACAAUUUGAUGGAACUAAUCCCGAUGGCUCAGCUUUGCGGUUUCUGCUGCUUUAGUAUGCGUUUUGUGGUUUUCAUCGAUUUGCUCAGUACCGUUGUGCAACCUGUUACAAUUGCCUAUAUUGCGUACCUGAUUGUCCUCGUCGCAACGAAGACGACUGUUGUUCCAAUUACAGCUUUUAUCUUACUUGGCGCCAUAUACGGUUUACAAGCCAUCAUUUUCAUUCUUCGCCGCAAGUGGGAAAUGGUUGGCUGGAUGAUUCUGUAUGUCAUGGCUGUACCUGUCUUCAGUUUUGGUCUGCCGUUGUAUGCCUUCUGGCACAUGGAUGACUUCAACUGGGGUACCACUCGUGUUGUCGCCGGUGAAAAGGGCAAGAAGGUUGUUAUUUCAGACGAAGGCAAAUUCGACCCCAGCUCUAUCCCGCGUAAGAAGUGGGAGGAAUACCAGGCCGAGCUGUGGGAGACUCAGACAUCCCGCGACGAUAGUCGCUCCGAGAUUUCUGGAAUCAGCUAUGGAACUAAGGCCCAGGCUGUUGUGUCCGAAUACGGAUUCCCCAGCCGACCAGAUUCCACUACUGGUUUUGCCGCACACGCAUUGCCCUAUGACUCCCGCAAUAACUCGCGCAUGUCUCUUGCUCAUUCAGACAUAGGUCAUCACCGCAUGAGCCAGUUCGGAGGCUCACAGUUCUUCAACCCUGACGACAUGGUUGGCCUGCCUAGUGAUGAUGCUCUAUUAGCUGAAAUCCGGGAUAUUUUGAAGACAGCGGACCUGAUGACCGUGACUAAAAAGGGCAUCAAGCAGGAAUUGGAGCGUCGGUUUGACGUGCCCUUGGAUGCGAAGAGAGCCUACAUUAAUAGCGCUACCGAGGCUCUCCUGUCUGGCCAACUAUAA